CUUGCGUUACUUGGCCGAGCGGAGGGGCAGGAAGAAGAGGAGCGAGAAGAAGAAGAGGAGGAGGAAGAAGAAGAGAAGAAGGAGGAGGAGGAGGAGGAGGAAGGGGGGCGAUCCUGUAAGCAGACGCUGUGACUGUGCCGCCCCGCUGCUCCGUUAUGGCAGAUGCGGAAUGAACUGAGCUCCAAGCCCGUCGCCGCCGAAUCGCAGCGCGGUUUUCGUCGUGUGCGACGCCUUGAAUCUCACCCGUCUGCCCCCCCCCCCCACCACAAUAAGGAUGCAUCAGACGGUAACUGCGCAGAGAUGCCUCCGCUGAGCAUGGGCAAACAGGCCGUCUGUGACAAUGACGAGAGCGUCCCCCUUCUUCUUUUGACCAACACGGGCCACCCACGGAAUCACUGCAACGCCGCGGACAACUUGAACGCGCCCUGCCCGUCCGUCGCUCCGGUGAGGAUCAUUGCGCAGUGCGGUGGAGAGCGGGACAGCGCGCGGUGGACGCUGGAGCGCUGCUGAAUACAUAUUCAGAUCAGUUGGUAUUCAAACCGCCAUCGGUUACCAGUUCAUGAUACCUGCGUCCCGCGGAGCGUGCCGGUGCACCGCCAGUGUGAAGAACUUCGUCCGGUGGCGAGAGCCGCUCUCCGAGGGCACAGAUGAGAGGCAAACAGUAUCAUCAGCCACUGAAGUUGACGGCGCCCUGGGAGAAGGAUGCUGGCUUUGGGAGGAAGCUUAAAACCUACAGGAACCAUACCAAGAUAAUAGCACAGCCCGGGAUCGUGAUGAAAGUCCUGCGCAGGAAGAGGAUUGUCCUGUUCAUGGCCUAUUUCUUGCUGCUGGUCCUCACUAUGCUGAACUUGGCGAAUUACAAAUGGACUAAAGAGCCACAGCAGUGUAAUCACCAGAUGAGGAGCACCACGUAUCAGAGCAGGUCUGACAUUCGCUUCCUAUACAGGCCCUCUUUGGCAAAAAAGAGACAGCUCAUCUACGUUCUGACCACCUGGAGGUCGGGCUCGUCGUUUUUCGGCGAGCUUUUUAACCAGAACCAUGAAGUGUUCUUCUUGUAUGAGCCGAUGUGGCACAUCUGGCAGAAACUGUACCCGGGAGACGCAGUGUCUUUGCAAGGGGCAGCCAGGGACAUGCUCAGCUCCUUGUACCGCUGCGAUCUGUCUGUUUUCCAACUUUACAACAGCCCCGGGGGCAAGAAUUUUACCUCCCUGGGACUGUUUGGGGCCACCCUCAAUAAAGUGGUGUGCUCCUAUCCCCUCUGCUCAGCCUACAGGAAGGAGGUGGUGGGCAUGGUGGAUGACAAGGUGUGUAAAAAGUGCCCCCCUCAAAGCCUUAGACUGUUGGAGGAGGAGUGCCUCAAAUAUAGCACAAUAGUCAUUAAAGGGGUGCGCAUUUUGGAUGUUAACGUGUUGGCCCCGCUCAUGGAGGAUCCGUCCUUGGAUUUGAAGGUGAUACACCUAGUAAGAGACCCGCGGGCAGUGGCCAACUCCAGGAUCAAAUCCAGACACGGACUGAUAAGGGAGAAUUUACAGGUGGUCCGCAGCAGGGACCCCAAACUUCGCCGGAUACCUUUUGUGGAUCCUGGUCACAAAGCCAACAAGAAGGAUGGCUCAGACUACCACUCCAUAGGGGCCAUGGAGGUGAUCUGUGACCGCACCUCCAGGACUUUGCGGACUGCCUUAAACCCACCCAGCUGGCUGAAGGGGAAGUACAUGGCUGUGCGCUACGAAGACCUCGUCGAGAACCCGGUGAAGACCUUGCGGAACAUUUACCGCUUUGCCAACCUGACCACCAACCACGAAAUCGAGUCGUUUGCGCUGAACAUGACCAGUGGCUCCAGCUCCUCCUCCAAACCAUUCAUAGUCUCAUCCCGGAAUGCCACACAAGCUGCUAGUGCAUGGAGAACAGUGCUCAGCAUUCAACAGAUCAAACAAGUAGAGGACUACUGUCACCACUCUAUGUCUGUUCUAGGGUAUGAAAGAGUCCGAACAGCCGGGGAGGCUAAGGACUUGAGUAAAUCACUACUGACACACUCCAAACUGUGAAAAACAUCUGCACCACCAAAGACCUUUUAAUUUAACGUCAAUUUUGCAUCGAGUGCCGUUUCCUCUUAUUUUGGAAUUAAAGCUUUACUUUGAAGCAGUGUUGGAGGAGCUACACUGGCCACAUAUGGAAUGUAUCAUGUUUCUCUCAGCUGAAUUGUAGUGGUAUUUGAAGGGACCACGUCUUUUAUACUGGAAUACUGGAUGUGCAAGGCCCAAUAGUGAAUAGUGUUCAUGUAUCUUGUUAUGAUUACACUUCAAAGUGGAUGUUUUGGGGUUAUUUUUGAAUGUUCAAAAUCUUACAAAAAUAAGUUGUUUUUGUUCCGCAGUCUCCAUACUGUCUGUAAAAGUGAAAAUAGUGAAUGAAAGACAAACAAAACAAAGAACAAGUGAUGAAACAAAAAAAUCUCAUCGCUAAUGUUUAUUUGUAAGAUCUGGGUCAAGUCCGAGACAAUCAAUAAAUUGGUUUGUUGAUGUGCCAUA